AUGCCUAGAUGCGAUUACUGCGAUGUCUACCUCACCCACGACUCGAUGAGCGUGCGCAAGGCCCACAACAGCGGCCGCAAUCAUCUGCGCAAUGUCGUCGACUACUACCAACAAAUCGGCCACGAAAAGGCACAAUCAGUUAUCGACUCGAUCACCUCUUCCUACGCCGCCGAGGGCCAGGCCCAUGCAAACCCCAUGCUCCCCCACAACCAGCCCGGCUACGCUGCCGCCCAAGCCCGCUUCGGCGGCGGACGUCCGGGCUUUAUGAAUGGCGGGGGCCCUCCGGGUGGGCCGCGUGGCAUGCCCAUGCCGCCGUCCUUUGGCGGUGCCAGCGGUGCCCCGGGCGCGCCUGGUGCCCCGGGUGCGCCCGGUGUCGGCGGCCUGCCCAUGCCGCCACCACACUUCAGCUUCCCCGGCGGCAUCCCGCCACCCAUUCCACCUCCAGGCAGCGGUCUACCGCCACCGCCCGGCAGUGCAGCCUUUGGCGGGGGCGCCCCAAGCAGUGGCGGCGGUGGCAGCGGCAGCAGCGGCCGUGGCUUCCCCAUCCCGCCACCGCCUCCCGCGCUCGGUGCCAACGGCGCGCCCGGCGGCAUUCCGCCCCCGGGUGCUGCUGCUACUGCUGCAGGCGGUAUGCCCCCCUUCCCUUCCCCAUCCCUCUGCCGGGCCAGCCGGGUGCGCCACCUCCCAACUUCCCUGGCUUCCCGGCCGGCAUGCCCAUCCCUGUACCCGGCCAGCCCGGCUUCCCGCCGAUUCCACCGCCGCAGUUCAUGCACGGCGCCGGUGCGGGUGGGCCGCCAAUGCCUGGCCCGCCUGGUGGCGACAGACGAUAAUCAUGGCAACAGAGAGACCAGUCGGCCAGCCAUGGCGUAG